GGGGGAGGGGGAGGAGGUGGUGCGACUGGUGGUGGGCCUGUGAUGAAGCGUGCCACUGCCCCUAGAGUGGAUCCUUCAGAUACUGCUUCCCACUACUCCUCUCAACCUGUCAGCGCUAAUCCUCGUCGCACGACGGACGACGCUCUCCAGUACCUGAAAAACGUGAAAGAGAACUUGAAAGACGAUACCGAGAAGUAUGACGAAUUCUUGGAAGUGAUGAAGGACUUCAAGGCGCAGAGGAUCGACACGGCGGGAGUCAUCGAUCGAGUGAAAACGCUAUUUAAAGGUCACCGCCAGCUCCUUCUCGGGUUCAAUACCUUUCUACCGAAGGGGUACGAGAUUUCUCUGCCCCCAAUCAAAUGUCCGGAGAACAAGCAAUUAGAUCAGCCAGUAACGCCCGCGGGAGCAGCUGGAGCAGGAGGGGGGGGGGGCAGUUGCGUAGGUGGCGGUGGGAGUGGAGUUGGCAACGCAAGCAGCGGCGGAGGCGGAGGCGGAGGCGGAGGCGGAGCAGCAGCAGCAGCAGGAGGAGGAGGAGGCGGGUAUCAUGGUGGUGCGGAUCAGCAAGAGGAUGGCGGGGAGGACGAGCCCCAUAGAGGGAAGAAACAGCCGGUGGAAUUCGAUCAGGCUGUUCAUUACGUCAACAAGAUUAAAACUCGUUUCCGCAACGAUGAGCAUGUGUACAAGUCUUUUCUGGAGAUUCUCAAUCUGUACAGGAAGGGGAUGAAGACGAUAACGCAUGUGAGUGGGGGAGUGGGGGCGUUGAGAGGGAGAGUUGGUGGAGUGAGUGGGGGUGGGGGAAUGGCUGUGUCUACGACGACGAGCGCUACGAAGAGAAGGAGAGCGGAAGCGGAUGGCGGUGGGGCGGGGAUCGCAGCAGGGGCAAAUGAUGUGAAGGCGUCGUGCAGGUCUUUGUCGGGGCAACAACCUCAUGGAGGAGGCGGCGGAGGGGGAGGGUUGAGUAACGUGAAGAGGGAGAAGGUAGUGGGGUCGUCAGGGGAAAGACAGCAGCAACAGCAGCAGCAGCAGCAGCAGCAGCAGCAGCAACAACAGAUGGGAGGUGGAGGUGAUAGGGAGGAGGGGAUGAUGGGGACGACAGGUGGAGAAAGAGUGAAAAAGGAGAAAGUGGAGAGAGGUGUGAAGAAGGAGGACAGAGAUCAUCACCAUCAUCAUCAUCAGCAGCAGCACAGUUUCGCCGGGGCGACGACGAAUGAGGAGGGGGGCCCACGUGGGCGCCGUAUACCCGGCAGGAGAAGCGACGACGGGCACAUCGUUUUGCGCAAAUCAUCCAAUCAAGCUUCUUCUGCUGCCGCAGCUGCGGCAGCAGCAGCAGCAGCAGCAGCAGGUGGUGGUGGAGGAGGUGCAGGAGGCGACAGCCUGUCUGCUGAUACCCUGUCCGCUUCUGCUGCCUCGCCUGUAUUGCCGGCAGGCGGCGUUGCCAUUCCCUUGUCUCAUGCUCCCCCCUCUCCUUCUCCCUCUCCCAUGCCUCCUCUCUCGUCUAAUGCUAAUGCCAGCAGGUCCAUUGAUGACCGCGGUGACAUAAUGAAACGCCCCCCUGUCCCCUCUCUACGCAAGGAGCGUGCUUUCUUUGAGCGGAUCAAGCACCGUCUGCGCCACCCGGAGAUGUACCAGGAGUUCCUCAAAUGCCUUAAUCUUUUCGCCCAAGAGAUCAUCAGCCGCAUGGAACUCCACGCUCUGGUGGGCGACAUCUUGGGCAAGUAUCCGGACCUAACCGACGGCUUCAACCAAUUCUUGGCGCGCUGCGAGAAUCCCGACUUCGAUCACUCCGUGGAGAGAGUGAAGAAGACCAAAGACAGCACAGCGACGACCGCGACGACGACAUCCACAACUGGGUCGGAGAGGGGGAACGUAGGAGCAGCAGCUGGAAGCUGUGGUCUGGGUAGUACUUCAAUUCUUCCCCCGCUUCCUGCAGGAGUCGCCGCUGCGGGUCCUCCGCCUCCCCCUGCUCCUUCCGCUCCGCCUCAGCAUUAUCAACACCAUCAUCCUCAUCACCAGUCCGCUAACGCGGCGGCCGCGCCCAAAGACACGACGACGACUAGUUGCGCGGGAGCGCCGACUCCAACCACGGCGGCCAAGGCAAACUCCAACGCCAAUCAAGCCAAGAAGAAGGACAAGUACUGGAACAAACCGAUAUCGGAGCUGGACCUGACGAAAUGCGAGCGCUGCUCACCCAGCUACCGCCUGCUUCCUGACAAUUAUCCCCGCCCAACCGCUUCCUUUCGCACCGACACGUGUCGGCAGACCCUGAACGACAACUGGGUGUCGGUGACAUCCGGGAGCGAGGAUUACUCGUUCAAGCACAAGAGGAAGAACCAAUACGAGGAAAGCCUGUUUCGAUGCGAGGACGACAGGUAUGAGCUGGAUGUGUUGCUGGAAUCGACGACCAACACAGCGCAGAUCGCGGCGGAGUGGGUGGAGAAGAUUCAUCAGAUGAGUGCGGAGGACAAGAGCCAGUUCAGGCUGGACUCCACAGCCCUGUCGCCCAUUCAUUUGCGUUGCAUCGAGAGGAUUUACGGCGAUCACGGGUUGGACAUAUUGGAGCUGUUGAAGAGCAACCCAGUGGUGGCGUUGCCCGUGAUUCUGGCGAGGCUGAAGCAGAAGCAGGAGGAAUGGAGGAAGUGCCGAGAGGACAUGAACAAGGUGUGGGCGGAGGUGUAUGCGCGCAAUCAUCAGAAGAGUCUCGACAUUCUCGGGGAUUACUUCAAGCAGCUGGACAAGAAGAAGCACGCGGUCAGCACCAAGGCUUUGCUGCAGGAGAUCAAAGAGGUGGCGGAGAAAGAGAAGCGUGGCAAGCCUCUGCUUCUCCUUCCCUCGCAGCAUGAGGACGGAGGUGGGGCGAUGGGAGACAAAGAGCCGUUAAGAGGAGGAGCAGGGGAGGGGGGGUUGAUGGAGAGCAACAAUCGCGCUCUCUCGCAGCAGCAGCUGCAGCACCAGAAGGAAGAUGGCGAGGAGGACGAGGAGAUCCUUGCCGUCGCCGCCGGCGGAAGACGUCGGUUGCUCUUCCCCCAUCUCAAGUUUGAAUUCGCGGAUCCCGACGUGCAUUUUGACGUGUCUGCGAUCAUGAAGUUCGCGGCCGAUGGGGUGUGCGCAAACUCUGAGCACGCGGAGAGGGUCUUGGGUGUGUGGACGUCAUUCCUGAAGCCGAUGUUCGGAUUGACGGAUCAAGGGGAGGAGGUGGCAGAACCUGCUGGGAUAGCAGAGGGGGGAAACGGGGGGGGGGGGGGKGGGGGAGGAGGCGAAGAGGAGAAGUCAACAACAACGGCGAUGAGAGUCGUGGGUGGGUCAGCCGCCGCCUCGGGAUUGACGAGCGGGGCGGGUUGCGCGGACGCAGCGGGGGGGGGAGUGGAGGGGAAGGAAGCUGCGCAACUGCUAAUGCCUGAUCGCCGCAGUGUUGGUGGGGAGGAAUCUGGGAUGAAAGAAAUGGGUGUCGGGGCUGUUGGGGGGGGAGGAGGAGGAGGUGCCGUGGCCCCGUUGCAGCAGACGGCGGCGGCAGUCGCGCCCCCCUUGUCCGGGUCACCCCCUGGAGGCGGCGGAAACCUGGUUAAUACCGCUGUGGUUGGGAGCGGGGGGGGCGGAGCAGUGACGAUCAAUUGCUCAGAGCCCCUCUCAGGAGGAGGGAAGGGUGAAGCCACCGCCGCUCUGUUUGACUCGUCAUCAUCGGCCCCCGCCCAUCUUCGGGACGAUGGACAAGCCGCCGCUCAUGCGUCCGUCAACACCGCCAACAACGCCAUCGGCAGUAACAAUAUUGCUAGCAGGGAGGGGAACGGGAGGAGCGCGCGGGUGGGGAAAUGCGCAGAGAUGGCGGAAGCCGGCGGCGUUUCGGCGAAGACGAGGGGGGCAAGGAGAGACCAAGAGGAAGGAAGAGGAGGAAGUGCAGUAGGAGCGGCGGCAGUCUCCAUGGCCGCGGCUUGUGGUCGUGCGGGAGAAGGGGCUGGCGAUGACGACAGUCAACUAGCAGCAGGAGGGACAGCCGGAGCAGCAGACGAAAGAGAGAGACGGCGGGACGAGGGUGGGGUGAGGAACGGGGACAGCGCUGGAAGCGCGGCGGCUGCGGAUCCUUCUUCUUCUGCUGCGGGCGGAGUCGGCGGCUUGGACCAAGGGGCGGGAGCAGCAGCUUCCGGCCUGCACUCGUCCGCGCGUUGCGCCAGCGAUGGGGAGAGUCUGCAGCGCGCCUCUCGCGCAGGAGGUGCGGCGAUUGGUGGUGGUGGCGGUGUGGGGGCUGCGGCAGCUGCGCUCGUGGCUCCAGUGAACAAUGGCGUCGUCAGCCAUGGUGGUGCUGACCUGUCUCCCGCAGCAGGCGGGAGCGGCGGACGAGGUGCGGGUAGUACUGACUUGGCGGACUGCAGAGGCGGAUGGGCCCCUGGAGGAGCGACAGAAGGAGGAGGGGGGGAUGCGGUGAUGCGUUGCAGUAGCGCAGCAGCAAUGGACAGAGACGGAGGGUCUGAGAAGCUGGCGAUGGACAAGAUCGCGGCAUCGGGACACGAGGGGGAGAGAUCAGGCGGGGGAGGAGUAGUAGGGGCGGGGAGAGACAAGAAUGGGGCAACAGUAAUGGUCUACGAUCACUUAGUGAGUUCCAUGGAGAAAAAGUACCACCAUCCUGGAGGUGCUAUGGCCGCCCCCUCCUCUUCCUCCUCCUCUUCCUUCCGAUUCGAGGGCGAGUGCAGCGGCAUAAUUGGCACCGCCGCCGCCUCCCUUCUUGUCGGGAUCGAUAAGCUCAUCUUCAAGCUUAUUCGACAGCUCCAGACGGUGGCCACAGACGACAUGUCUUGCCAAUUGCUUUCUCUCUACCACUACGAAAUGUCCCGCGCGGCAGGCGCGUUUGACGAUGUCAUCUAUCAGGCCAAUGCGUGUGUGCUGCUUCACGACGAAAACAUGUACCGGAUUGUUCACUCGUCGCGACACAAGAGCAUGCUUACUGUGAGGUUGAUCGAAGACGGGGCCGGGGAGAGGAUGGGAGUCGGAGUUGGGGGAGCCAUAGAGUCGUCGUUUGCGGGAUACUUGUCCGAGUUUCUGGACGCGGGAAGUCUUCCAGACGGAGGAGGGGCAGGAGGCGGUGACAAGAACGCGGUCCAAAUGAGGUCAAAUCGCAGAGUGUUUCUGCCUAGAAACAUGCGCAAGUUCGUGAGAGAGGAAGCGGGAGCUGUACCAGGCGGAGGAGAGGGGGGGGCUGUGGAAACGUCGGUCAUCCUAAAGGCCAUGGAGGGUGUCUCGAUUUAUAACGGACUCGAGAGCAAAAUCUCCUGUUCCACUUCCAAGGUGUCCUACGUCUUGGACACGGAGGAUCUUUUCCGUAGAAAGAGGAAGAGGAGAAGAGGAGGAGGGUUGGCUGGGCCGAGGGCGGCCGGAAAUUGCAAGCUGCGCAAAUCGAAUGAGGGCGAAGCAGCAGCGGUGGUUGCCUGCGGGGAGGCGGGACAUUCGCAGUCUCACCACCACAUGCUUGUUAGUGCAGGAUCCUCUUCCGCCACGGCAUCCUCUUGUAGGACGAGCCGCGUAGACAGGUUUCGCGCCUGGGUGGAAGCAGGCAAGGAGGGUUGCACGAGGAGGGGGACAUCCAGAGCGGAUUUCGUUGAUGUGACAGCAGCAGCAGCAGCGGCAGCAGCGGCGGCAGGAGGAAGAGGAGGAAGAGGAGUAGGAGGAAGAGGAGGAAAAGGAAGAGAAGGAAAGUAUGUGAAGAGGCCAGAGUAAACUGAUUAGUUCUGCGGACGUUGAACACAGGAAGCGAAGAAGAGUGAUUAACAAAUCCAGAACAAUUGC